CAAUCGGUCUCUUUCGGAACCAGGAUUGAAGAGAAGCUCUCGGGUGACAGGUCAGCGAGCGAGGUGGAGGGCAUGCGCACACCAGAGGAAAUGAUGCUGAAAGUCAGGGAUGCUGAAAGUCAGCCUGGGAAUCCAGCCAGGAAAUCCGCUUCUUGUGGAGGCGUCUACAAGGACUUUGGCAAAAUCACUGAACACCAGAGAAUCCAUAAUAAAGUUGAGGCAGAAGGGGCAGUCACUGAAUGUGAGAAAACGUGUAGCCAGGGUUCUGUCCUUGCUUCCUGUGACGAAGCCAAUGCGCCUGAGAAACUUCACAAAUGUCUUGAGUGCGGAAAAAGCUUCCAUUACCGAUCCAACCUUGUUGCGCACGAGAGAACCCACACGGGAGAGAAGCCCUUUCCAUGUUCCCACUGUGGGAAACGGUUCCGGCUGAGCUCGCAUCUCUACAGGCAUCAGAAACUGCACACAGUGGAGCAACCAUACACCUGCCCGGACUGUGGGAAGCUGUUCCGUCAUAAAACCACUUUUGAUGCGCAUCAGAGAAUCCACACAGAAGAGAAGCCGUUUGCGUGCCUGGAGUGUGGGAAAAGCUUCACUCAUCGGUCGGGCCUUAUUGUACAUAAAAGAAUCCAUAUGGGGGAACAACCUUACGGUUGUGUUAAGUGCGGAAAAAACUUUGUUGACCAGUCAACCUUAGCAGCACAUGAGAGGGCCCAUUCAGGAGAGAAGCCGUAUCAGUGCUCGGAUUGCGGGAAGACCUUUAUUCACCGCUCGAGGCUUAUCGUCCAUGAGGAAACCCACACUGGGGAGAAGCCAUAUAAAUGUUCAGAUUGUGGGAAAAGCUUCAGCCUGAGCACCGCCCUCCUCACGCAUCAGCAGAUCCACAUUGGGGAAAAACCGUACCAGUGUACCGACUGCGGGAAAAGCUUCGUCCAGAGGGGGAACCUCGUGGCGCACGAGAGAACCCACACAGGUGAGAGGCCAUACAAGUGCCCGGACUGCGGAAAGUGCUUCAUUGUCAGCUCGAGCCUUCGAACCCAUCGCAGGACUCACACAGGAGAGAAGCCCUACGAAUGCUCGGACUGCGGGAAAAGCUUCAGUCAGAGCUCAGUCCUGAUGAGGCAUCUGAGAAUCCACACGGGAGAGAAGCCGCAUGAGUGCGCGGAUUGUGGAAGACGCUUCUCUCAGAGGUCAAGUCUCAUUUCACAUGCGAGAACCCAUGCAAGAGAGGCUCCUUAUUGACUGGAAGGAACUGAAUUAAAGAGACCCUUUAGGAUUUAUAUUCACCAAAAUAACAAAAGCCGCCAUGAAUAGUUCUAGGUUAAGUUUUUAGGAUUCAGAGGCUGAUCCGAAUUCACUGCCGCAAGCUCCCUUCUUUGACCUCACUACAUAGCCUCGCUUCCUGUAUGUGCAGAGCUGCGCACCUACGUUUCCGUUUUAGGGAAUA